AUGGGGGAGGCCCCUGCGGGGUGGCUGAGGGUCCAGCCAUCCCACCCGGGCGUGCACGUGCAGCUCUGCUGCACCCGUGCUCUGCACCCGCGGUGGGCCUUGCAGCGAUGUGGUGGCCAGGUGGCCACCGGCAUCCAGUGGGUGCGGCACAGCACUGCUGCGGUGGCUGCCCCCGGGCACGUGCCCACCUGGACGGGGCAGGAGAGCCUGGCCGAGAGUGACCCCGAGAUGUGGACCCUGGUCCAGAAGGAGAAGGAUCGGCAGUGCCGAGGGCUGGAGCUCAUUGCCUCUGAGAAUUUCUGCAGCCGGGCAGCACUGGAAGCCCUGGGCUCCUGCCUCAACAACAAGUACUCAGAGGGGUACCCUGGCAAGAGGUACUAUGGGGGAGCCGAGGUCGUGGACCAGAUUGAGCUGCUGUGCGAGCAGCGGGCUCUGGAGGCGUUCGACCUGGAUCCUGCCCGCUGGGGCGUCAAUGUUCAGCCCUACUCGGGGUCUCCAGCCAACUUCGCAGCCUACACAGCCCUGCUGCAGCCCCAUGACCGCCUGAUGGGGCUCGACCUGCCCGAUGGAGGCCACCUCACGCAUGGGUAUAUGUCGGACGUCAAGAGAAUCUCAGCAACAUCCAUCUUCUUCGAGUCAAUGCCCUACAAACUUGAUCCAGCCACAGGACUGAUUGACUACGACCAGCUGGAGGUGACGGCACGGCUCUUCCGUCCUCGUCUUGUCAUCGCCGGCACCAGUGCAUAUGCCCGCCUCAUCGACUAUGCUCGUAUGAAGAAGGUGUGCGAGGAGGUGAAGGCAUACCUGCUGGCGGACAUGGCGCACAUCAGCGGGCUGGUGGCAGCCAAGGCCAUCCCUUCACCCUUUGAGCACGCGGACCUGGUCACCAGCACCACGCACAAGACCCUGCGCGGUGCCAGGUCAGGACUGAUCUUCUACCGCAAGGGUGUGCGCUCAGUGGAUAAGAAGACUGGCAAGGAGAUCCUCUACGACCUGGAGGACAGGGUCAACUUUGCUGUCUUCCCCUCCCUGCAAGGGGGGCCCCAUAACCAUGCCAUCGCUGCUGUGGCUGUGGCCCUCAAACAGGCCAGCUCACCAGCUUUCCGCCAGUACUGCCAGCAGGUGCUGAAGAAUGCCAAAGCCAUGGCACAGGCCCUGCUCCAGCGUGGGUACACCCUGGUGUCAGGUGGCACCGACAACCACCUGGUGCUGGUGGACCUGCGGCCCAAGGGCAUCGAUGGCGCACGGGCUGAGCGGGUGCUAGAGCUUGUCUCCAUCACUGCCAACAAGAACACGUGCCCAGGGGACAAGAGCGCACUCACACCAGGGGGGCUGCGCCUGGGUGCCCCCGCGCUGACCUCCCGCCACUUCCGCGAGGAGGAUUUCCAGAGAGUUGUAGCUUUCAUCGAUGAGGGCAUUGCGCUGGCCCUGGACAUCAAGAACAAAACCAGCAAGCUCCAGGAGUUCAAGACCUUCUUGCUGCAGGAUGCAGAGACGCAGCGGCGCUUGGCUGACCUGCGCCAGCGUGUGGAGACCUUUGCUCGUGCCUUCCCCAUGCCUGGCUUCAGUGACCACUGA